CAUGCUACUUAUACUCUCUUUUAGUUUGUUUUUUACUUGAUUAUAUGUAUUUUAUUACUCCAUUUCUCUUGUACUCAUGUAUCUACAGAGACCCAAUGCAUCAACACUUUCUCUUUCGUGGUAUCAGCACACGGAAUAUCUCACAAUCAACCAGCAAUGUCCUUUGUAGUAAAACAGAGCAGCGUUGCCGUGAGACCUUAAGUAGGACUUCAAUUCCAGAAAAGGCAUCAGCAGGUGUUUUGGUGACAUUAUGUAGCUCAAAAGGAGUUCCUUCUUUCCUUUACACUUUACGAUCCUCUAAGCUACGGGGAAGACAUAAGGGUGAUAUCAGGUAAGUGAAACUACUCUUAGAACUGCUUCUUUACCAACAGGAUAUUUAGACAGCAGAGAUGGUAAAAGUCUGAACUGCAAAUAAUCUUUUUUUGUUGUUAUCCAUUAAUUAGCAAUGGAUACAAUUGUAUUCCUUACACCAGUGUUCCCCAACCCAGUCCUCAUGGACCACCAACAGUUCAGGUUUUGUCAGUAUCUCUAUUGGAAUAAAACAGGGAAAUACAUAAAUCUUGGACUGUUGGUGAUCCACGAGGACUGGAUUGGGGAACACUGCCUUACACUAAACUUCCCUCUCCCCCAGCAGUGUAAGUUGUACUUACUAGAGUCCAGCACUGAUUUCCCUCUACCUUGGGUCAGCACUUCGCCUCCCCUGAUGCCACCCGACAGGGGAAACUAAUGCACAUUUGCGUUGAGCGCAUUCGGUCCUCCCUCAUAAAAAAGCAUUGCUGCAAUGCUUUCCUAUGGGUUUUUUUCUGACGCUGGAUGCCCUCAUGCAAAGCAUGAGAGCAUCCAAUGUCAGGUGACUAAAAGUCGCUUAGUGAUAUAGAAGUAAUACAACAGCAGUGGAAGGACCCUAAAUGAUCGAUCCACCGGAGUUGUUAUUGGUUGAAGGGUAUCAGGGCAUAACCCAAAAAAAAAAAAAAAGAACUGAAAUGGGUAAACUAAAACAGUACACCCAAAAUAGGUUUAGAUUCUGAUUUUGGGUGAACUGUUUUAGUUUACCCAUUUCAGUUCUUUUUUUUUUUUUUUUUUUAGUGAUGGGGCUCCUUAUUAGAUAUAUGAGUGCUUGGGAGAACCGAUAAUAAAAACCACACACACUUUGUUGUCAUCAUCUUCUCAAACGUUAAUGGGAGAGCAUUGUAUAUAUAAAAUGGCAAUUAGUCUACUGCGCAUGUCUGCAAGCAACAAUGGCUUACUUGAAAGUGUUAUCUACAAGGUUAAAAAGGAUGUAACAUUUCAUGAGAAAAAGAACCAGCUGCAGAAACUGCUGACAAAAACUAUUUAGUUUUUAACCCCAGCAGACGUGGAAGAACUUAACUAAGGCAAAGGCUGUAACCCUUUAUGUACCUUUUAUCUAUGACAAUUCCCCUCUUUUGGCUCUACAGGUGAGAGUUCUAGGCAAGGUAUAUCCAGCUAUGCUAGUUAUACCUGUGGGACUUUAAUUAGAUCUUCACCUUGGUUCCCUUGCCAUCUCACACCAAAGGAGCCAUCAAGGAAGACUUGUCCAGAUACAAUGUAACUAUCACAGCAAUUAGUGGGUGCAGUACUAUGUUUAAGACUCCUUUAGCGGAAGGAGACCACCCUGUAAAAAUAUCAUACCAGUGAUGUCCUACAAGUAUACUUAAUGUAUUCAGUGAGAUUGGUUAGUAUUUGCAGGGUUACAUACAAACUCGUGUUAAAUAGCUGAAGGGCUUUGUUGUUGUAGGAUAGGGUAUAGGCUUGAGGGAGAAAUAUGGAGGGCAUCCAUUAAGCUUGUAACUUGAGUGCACUGUUCACAUCUCUGCCUGCAACUGCUAUUUUAUUUCUCACUAUCUCUAGAUCCAUAGCAUUUAGCAACCCUGAAGCUGUUCCUGUAGCCCCUAAAAAGUGUCAUACUAUUCUUUUUUUGGUUUGGAACGGGACUUACAUUUAGGUAUUUCUGAGAACAGUAUCUGAUAUUUCACAUGGAUGAGGCCCGCUUUGGUAGAAACAUUCUGUCAUGUAGCUGGCAGACUGACCAGAUUGUCAGCAGAAACCCUUGGCUUCAUCCCUGUAUUAGUUACAACUGAAAACCAUGUCUGCCUAUCAUGUAUUACUAAAUUGUUAGUACAUGCAAAGGUGUAGUGGUCAGUCAUGUUCACCACCAUACUAGCACUCACUUUCACAGGUCGCUCUUUCAAACAUCCCAAUAGCUUAAUCAAUGUCUUUCCAUCACAGUCUCCCCAAUCGAACUCUUUCAUGCAUGAGCUGUAGAAGAACCCACAAGAAACAGACAUUUUGAAGCUAUGUCACAUUCAAAAUAGUCAUGUCUUUGCCUAGGUACAGUCGACCCCGUUCCCCCCUAUACCAAUGUCCAUUAUCUUUUCUGAUGGUAGCCAGUCUGCAGGACAUGUUAGCAUUGGCAAAGCAGGUGUAAUUGUCCUGUCAACAUUUUCUCUGUCCCAGCUAAAAAACAUUAUAGGGGCGUCUGAACGGUCUGUUAACUUGGUCCCAGGGGUAACACAGAAGGUCAAGGUCAGUAUAAUUCUGUAUAAGGCACCAAUUUACAGUGACUAGCGUGAAUCCAAGUAGAUUUUCCUUCUAGCUUUAUGGAGUAGUCAACAGUACUUUGAAAGGACCAUCAAAUCUGGGCUCCAGACUUUUCCUCAGGUGUCUCUUAAUCAUUACCCAAUCUCCAGGCUGAAGCUUGUGGGUAGAGGAGUCACUAUCAGGAUCUGGAAUAGAAUCGAACACUAGUUUAUGCACCCUGCCUAAUCUUUGGUGUAAGGCCUGUAGCAGUCAUGUUGCUGUGUUGCAGCUGGAGGGUUUGGAGGGCUCCCAGCUUCUUCCAUUGUUCUUGUUCUUCCAUGCCUGCCUGCUUUUGUAGGGUUUGCAGUAUGUCAUAUGAAACAGAUUGGGCUACUGUCAUAGUGAAACAGAUUGGGCUACUGUCUCCUGUAAAGGAGAUUUACCUGCAAGGUAUGGUCGCUAGGCAGCCUGCUUAGCCCCUACAUCAGCUCUGUGAUUUCCUCGGGAUGCUUCAUUUGUGAUCUUCACUUGAGCUGCCACCUUGAUGAGUUCCCACAUGCUUGGGUAGCAGGAUGGCAUCCAUUAGGACACUCACGGCUUCUGAGUUCUUGCAGAUAUAAGAAAAUUUCGGGCCUGCCAAAGAGGUCCAAAGUCAUGGGCAGUCAUGAGGUACCUGAGUCUUAACUAACUCAUCAGGUGAGAUUUCAUCAGGGAGAUUUCCUGGAUAGGGCGUAUAAAUACUAUUCGCUCCUACAUUCUGCCCAAAUGGAACUAUCUUUUAAGAAUGUUACCAAUACAAGUCCCAAUUCCCUGGUUAAAAAUGAUACAGUCAGCUUUCUCUAAAUUCAUUUGGAAGGGGAAAAAACCCAGAAUAUGUCUACAUUUGUUAUCAAAGAAAAAAAAAUGAUGGAGGCCUUGCUGCCCCAAACAUAAUAGAAUAUCAUAGUGCCUGUAUGAUGGCACAUGCUGUUAAUACUUUAAGUACAGAUCAAAAAGAUCAAGAUUGGUAACAAAUAGAGCAAUCACUAGUAGAGACAGAUAAUCUGAAUGCCCUAUUUUGGGCAACAAGAAAGGAGAAAAAUAAGAGCAAACCAGUAUGUUCAGGAAAUUCAAUUAUUAUUGACAAUAUUUUGGGAUACUGGAAUAAAAUUAAGAAUGUUUUCCUUCUUACCAAUAGAGGUGAUUAAGGGGAAUAUUGAGGAUAUUAAUAUCAGUGGAUGGUCACAGAAGGGAAUUAAGAAUAUCCAAGAGAUUAUAGAUAGAAAGGAAAUCAAGCCAUUCAACCAGCUACAAACAGCGUUUGGGAUUGCUAACAAGGAGAUAUUUACAUAUUUAAGAAUUAGGUUUUAUUUUAAUAAAACUCAAGUAAUCUUAAAAAGAUUCUUGAAACUCAAAGAACUAAAGGCCAUAUUACUAGAUGUUAUGAGUUUUUAAAGGACUCCAAGAAGCCCUAUGUCUGGAAAUCUAAGAAUAAGUGGGAAAAAGAUCUACAUAUUGAAAUUAAUGAGCAAGAUAUAAGUGUGAUAGUUAAGGUAAAUAAAUCGAUACAUUGUUUGAAUAUAGUAGAGAAUUUUUAUAAACUUAUAAACAGAUGGUAUUUAGUCCCAGAAAAACUAGCUAAAAUUUAUAAAGAUCAGAACCAUGCUUGUUGGAGAUGUGAUGAUGGGAAAGGAGAUUAUCUCCAUAUAUGGUGGCAAUGUAAAUUAUUAAAUAAUACAUGGAAGAAUAUUUAUCAACAGAUUUAUAAUACCUGUCAGAUAUAUAUACCUUUCACACCACAGAGUUUUUUGCUACAUCAGGGAUGGCCCAAUAUGCCUAUUGAAAAAAGCAUGUUAAAAAUUCACAUUUUAAUGGCAGCUAAGAUAGUCCUAGCUAGGCUUUGGGAAAGUAAUAAAAUCUGACUGAGUAAUAGGCAACCAGCCUUUGCUUCUGCCCAUGGACCUGGGUAAUUACUGCUGUAGCAUAGCCUACCUGUUCAGUACAGAACAUGGAAAAGGGCUUUCGGUAAUCUGGUAGACCCAGCGCUGGGGCUGAGGUGACAAGCAACUUAAUAGUGUAAAAGGCUUCUUCUGCUUCAGGAGGUAAAUGAAAGAUAACAAUGGAAGCACAUGCCUGCAGUUUGGCCUUGGUAGCUUUGCACCCUGCUUGUGCCAAAAAAGUUAGUAAAGACAGGGUGUGUGCUUUGUAAAUGACUCCUGGUCUGGGCAACAUAGAAGCAAAUCAUCAACAUAUUGUAACAACACAACAUCAUCUGCCCUUGGCCAUGCUUCUAGAGUUUGGGCCAUUGCCAUGCUAUACAUGGUAGGCGAAUUCUGAGCACCUUGAGGCAGCACCGUCCAUGUGCAUUGUUUAUGCAUGUGUGUGAAUGCAAAAAGGUAUUGACUGUCUGGGUGCAAUGGUACACAAAAUAAUGCGUUUGCCAGGUCAAUGACAGUAAACACCUUAGAGGAAGGUGGGAUUUGUGACAGCAAUGUAUGAGGGUUGGGAACAUUAGGAGCAAUCAAUUCAGUUACAGCAUUAACAGCUCUUAAAUCAUACACAAUGCGAUAUACCACUGGCUUGCCUUUCUCCUGUUUUUUUUUUUUUUUUUUUUUAACAGGGUACAGAGAGUUAUUGCAGGUAGAGGUGGUUUUAUACAAUUAUACCAGCCUGCAAUAACUCUUGGAUGGAUUAAGUGAGAGCAUCUUCUUGAGCUGGGCUGAGAGGAUAUAGCUUAAGGCAAGGUGGGGUGGCAUUCGGCAACAACUUAACCUGUACAGGAGGGACAGCAAGUCUUCUGUUAUCUGUCUUUCCCUGUGCCCAUAAGGAGUUAGGGACUGUUGUCAAGUCAAGAGUAGGUUCUGUCAUAGGGCUGGGCAAUUUAAGCUUUGCCAGCACACUAGCAAGUGGUAUGAGACAGUUAUCUUCAAGGGGCAAAGUCACAUUACCAGUGGGGCUGAACUGUAUUUUUUCAUUUAUGGCAGAUAGAAUAUCACUGCCAAAUAGAUUUACAGGAGCAGUGGGACUAACAAGCAAUCUAGUGACCAAGGCAGUCGAGUCAAGAAGCCUGAGUUUAAUUUGGUGAGACAAAGGAACGUCAAUCAAAGUCCCAUCCACCCCCACAUAUUUUAAUACAUAAUUUGAUUUUUCAUAGGGAAAAACAUUUUUCCUGCACAAUGGAACAUACUGCCAUUAGACACAACAAUAGAGUGCAGUGGCUAUUAUUAUUUUAUUAUUUAUAUAGAACCAGCAAAUUCCAUAGCAAUGGGGUUGUCACUGUCCUAUGGGGCAGUGGAAGGAUUUGCACUCUGAGGAGUCUAAUCCUGGCUAGGAUUAUCUGAGCUGGAUUGCUGGCGCUGCAGAUUUUGUCUAGGCGGGCAGCGGCAGUUUCUCUUGAUGUGUCCUAUUUUAUUGCAAUUCCAGCAUACAUGGCUCUGAUUUGAAUGGUGUUGGCCCCUAGACAUCUGAUUUACCAUUUGUCUAAUGGUAACUGCUGGUUUAUUUCUAAAAGGACUAUGGUUGGCUUCAAUACCUUUAGAAACUUUUACAAGGUCAGAAUAAUUUAGGCUACACACUCAGGUCUGGCUAUUUUAAGGGCUGUGCUGAGUGGGUGAUGAAAACCAUCCAUGAAACAGUUAACCAGCUGUCUAGUGGACAGAGGGUUCCUUUCUGAUUAUUCGAGAUUCUUCCACCUGAGGUGUAAACAGGCAAAGAAUUUUUCAACUGACUCCCCCUUCUUUUGGGUAAGAUCUUUGAGUUGGGAUGAAAGGUUGGUGAGCCUGGUCUGUGCCCAUUUUUCUAAGGCUUUAAUGUAAGGUACACCAGAAUCAUAUUGUUUCAAAUACCACUGUUGGUCUCGGUUAUGUGGGGCAGCUUGUAAAAUACCCUUUUUAACAUCAGUAGUAUGUUUACUACUGGGUUUACUGUUGACACCUGUGGGGUUUCGGAUUACCAUCUGUACUGUGUGCCUGCUCAGGGUAAGGAGGCUAAGUUUCCUUAGGGGAAGCAUCAUGCAAUGACCCAUAACAUUAGAUAAUAGGGUAUCCCCCUUCAAGUAGUUUCUUUACAGCCACACUGUGUCAAUUUGACUGCAGUAUCAUGCCAUUUUUUUUUUAGCUUUCUCUGUUAACUUUUUAUCUUCAAGCCAUCCUUUAUGCUUUGCCAUGAAUUCUUUCCAUAGUUGUGGAUCUAAUCUCCCUUCUAGAGUCAUUAAUGCUUUCUUUAGCAUAGAUGUAAUGCCUGUCACAGAAUCUUUGCCUUGGUGAUUUUUCAUGAUUUCUAUAGCAGUCUUAUCCUCCCCAGGGAGACUUUAAGAGUUCCCCAUUAUUAUACCUGGGUUAGCUAGACCCUCAAAUUGAGGCAAGCAGUUUGUCACAGUGUAAUUCUUGUAUAAACAACAAAAAAACACUUAAGAACACGUAAUAAGAACACUUAACAACAGUGUGUAAACACACACAACCCACCCCUGCAGAGGAAUUUUAACAGAGACUUAGCCUUAAAACGUACACUAAACGCAGAUCAGAAUAUAUGCCGUGGAGGAUACGUAUUUUAAUCAUACAAGAGAUUACCAGGCCAACAAUUAUUACAACCUGACAGGCACAGAGGAGCUCUAAAAUCUGCAAUUCCAGUUCACAAUUCAUAGCAAUUUUAAGCAGACAAUAUAAGCAAAGCAACACCUCUGGUUAUAUCAUCAUUGAAAACAGGUUCUUGGGAGUUAGCCAAUUUUAAACAGAUACUCACCCAGUCCCAGAUCCAGUGGCCCUUGGAGGUGAGAAAAAGGUUGUAGAAAUAAGUUUCCUACUGUGGCAGCUGCAUGGUUUCGCUGUCACUUCAAAAAGGAUCCCUCCGUGUGUGAUCCGGAAAGGCGCCCUUGGCUUGAACCUCACGGGUUUCACAGCACCAAGUGAUAUAGAAAUGUAUGAUAGAUAAUUCAUCCAAGAGAGAUAACCAGGGGCUCCUAAUUAGAUAUAUGAGCGCUCGAAAGAACCGAUAAUAAAACCACAGACACUUCGUUGUAGUUCAAAAAUCAUCUUUUCAAACUUUAAUGGGAGAGCAUCGUAUAUAUAAAAUGGCAAUUAGUCUACUGUGCAUGCCUACAAGCAACAAUGGCUUACUCGAAAGUGUUAAAGCAAACGUAACAUGUCAUGAGCAAGAGAACCAGCUGCAGAAACUGCUGACAAAAGCUAUUUCGCUUUUAAUCCCUGAAGACCUUGAAGAACUUAACUAAGGCAAAGGCUGUAACCCUUUGUGUACCUUUUAUCUAUGACACUAGCGCCUCUAGUGGCCGUCUGAGUGAGAGCCAUUAGAGGCAGCCUGAGUCCUGCAAUGUAAUUAUUGCAGUUUCUCAGAAACAUUGCAGGGCUAAGAGGACUGGAACACUGCACCCAGCUGAAGUGGUCGGAGUACCUAUAGUGUUAAUGAACUUCUGGCAUAUUAGUCAUAUUUAUAGUUAAAGAAUAUUGCAUGUUAUUGGAAGAAGAAAAAAAAAAACAGCCCAGCGGGAGUGUGACCCCGAGGGUGGGGGGGGUGGGGGGGAGAGACCUAUUAACACUAUAGAGCCAAGAAAACUAGUUUGUUUUCCUGGCACUAUAGUGCACCUCUAAGUUACAUUUCAGUUGCUAACUUACCCACAAUCCAUAAAUUAUAAAAAAAAAAUCCUAGAGAAGGCCCCUCUGCAGUCAUCUUUGAGAGAGGAGAACAAAUUGGUGGUUCCCAGAUCCAGCAAGUAGACCAGGGACGUAUUAGCCGCGAGGCAUUUUUCAGGGGGCGGCAAAAAACGCCGCCCCGCAAAUGCCUAGUUAGCCUUGCGACUAACUGACAUCCCAGGCGGGCGGGCGGCUGGCGAGGGAGCACUUCCUAUGAGCUGUCUGCUCAGCUCCCUCGCGCGCCGCACAGUGAGGCUGGGAGCCGGAAGAUGAUGUCAUCUUCCGGCUCCCAGUCUCACUCUGCAGCCGGCGCACGAGGGAGCUGAGCAGACAGCUCAUAGGAAGUGCUCCCUCGUCAACCGCCCGCCCGCCCGGCAGCCACUGGACCACCAGGGAGAGAGAGACCUCCCCCCCCCAGCACUCCCAAAGGUAAGGAGGUUGGGGGAGGGGGGAUUUAAAUUUAAAAAAAAAGUUAAUCUGUGUGUGUGUGUGUGUUUGUUUGUGUGUUUGUGUCUGACUGUGUGUGUGUUUGUGAGUGUGUGUGUGUAUGUGUCUGACUGUGUGUGUGUGUUUGUGUCUGACUGUGUGUGUGUGACUGUGUGUGUUUGUGCCUGACUGUGUCUGUGUAUGUGUGUGUGUGUGUGUGUAUGACUGUGUGUGUUUGUGUCUGACUGUGUGUGUGUGUUUGUGUCUGUGUGUGUGUUUGUGUCUGACUGUGUGUGUGUGUGUCUGACUGUGUGUGUGUGUAUGUGUCUGACUGUGUGUAUGUGUCUGACUGUGUGUGUGUGUAUUUAGAAGGUGGGGCGGGGGAAGGGUUGGGUGGGGGUGGCGCGGGGGGAGGGGGGUGCCUGAGUUUUGUCCUGCCUAGGGCAGCACAAAACCAGGAUACACCACUGAAGUAGACGUUAUAUCCGUUACAAUACAAAGUGCAUAAGGAAAGGAAAACUGAAAGAAAAAAAUAAGUGCUCCUUUUAUUUGCUAAAAUGUGGUAUUUAAUUAUGUUUAAAAGAUCCUGUUCUGCCAAAAUGGUAAUUUUAGGGCUCACUUACUUUUAGUUUUCCAGGGGGAAAACGAGAUGCUUCAGACAGAAAUAUCAUACAUACAGCUUUGAGGGAAGCACAAGAGGAACUCAGAGUACCACUAACUGCAGAUUCUGCUUGGGGUGCCAUGAAGUCCAUCACCGACUGGGUAAGUUUACAUUGCAUGUCGACCACAACUAAACAUACAUGUUAGUAAGUUCUAUAAAAUUGCAAAGAGAAUUGCAAGGUUAAGCUCUAAACACCUGCCUUUUGCAGCCAAUUUUUCUGGCUGCUAUUUUGGACUACAAAUAUGCAAUUCUACUGUCAGUUAUGCAAAGCUGCAUUUUUACUGAAAUCUCUCUCAGUAUUGCGGUUUAGUGACAAUGCCAUUAACAAUUAUCCUGUUCUUGCAGACAGGAAUGGUAAUCGUUCCAGUAUUAGCAAAUAUUGGACCCUUGGAGGAUCUGGCCCCAGAACCCAAUCCAGAUGAGGUUAGUAUAUCACACCUUGUGGAUAAUUCAGGAAAAUCUAGGAAAAAAACCCCAAACUAUUUUGGGAUAAAAACGGAACAAUUACAAUAAAACCCACAGGUUGCAACACUUAUCUGUAACAAUCUGAUGAUACCCUUCUUGUUUCAAGGAGCACAACCCUCUUCAGUUUCCCAACCAUUCCCUGACCCAUUCACCUUGGAAGCGUGGUUGCUUUUGCACAUAGAUCAGUGAUCAACAGUCAACUUGGUUGUUGGCAAUACUAAUAAAGUGGGCUACAUAGUUCAGCCUUCUUUCUAGUGGUUGCAAUAAGGAAGGAGAAAAGAUAAGAAGAAAUGAAUAAGGAGAAAAAAGGAAACUAAAUAAAAAUAGAAAAAUAAAGAAAUGUGAAAACUUGAUUUUGCUUUUUUUUCUAAUUUCUUAAAUUUAAGCAGCUCACACGCUAGUAGGGGCUGCAUCGAUGAAGAUUCAUAAAAUUUAAAUUAUAUAUGUAUACACAUGCAUAAAGUAGAAAUCAAAAGAUAAAUUGAAGUACACAUAUAUAUAUAUUUUUUUUUAAAUUUUUUUUUUAAAUCUCCUUUCUAAAAAAUGUUUUGCACUUGCGCUACCAAAUUAAUUCGUACCUGGUGGGCGGCAAGGAAAUUUUACCAUUAAAAAAAGAUACAUAAAUGGGUGGUAGGUAUUAAAAGGUUGACUAUUCCUGACAUAGAUAAUGGAAAAUCAUAAGAUAUGAUUUUUUUGUUUUUCUAUUUAUCAGCAGUUUCGAAAAUUGAGUCAAUUUUACUUGGAAGUUAUCACUACAUUUACCUUAGCUUUAUAUAGUGGUUGAAAGGUUACCAUUUUCCACAGAUUUAGAAAUUGAUAUAGAAAUUUAUCAUGGAUAAGACCUUCCAAGAAAUAACCAGAAAGGAAUGUACUGCACAGACUGCUGAUAGAAGCAGAAGUGAAGAAAUUAACAUUUAACAUUUUUCAAGCCAACCAAUCAGAGUGCUGUGACUUACCUGUCAGUCUCUUCAUUUAUCUGUCAGAACACUCUGAUUGGUUGGCUUGGAAUCAGCCAAUCAGAGUGAGCUAAGCCUAAUUGCAGGGCGUGGGCAGACUUUAUAAGCUUUUCCCCGCCCUGCGGAGCUCAGUCUGUGCUGUGCCCUCCAUGAGUGAAGAUUAAUUUUUUUUUUUUUUAGUUCUUUAUUUUAUUUGUGCAUCAAGUUAACAAGCAGUUUUGCACUGCCACGACAGCUGGUGCAAACAUAAAGGAAACAUGCAGUAACAAUAGUGUAGCAUCAGAAACAUUGCACAUUUUUAAAUUAUAGCAGGAGUAACAUAUUAGACAUAUCUGGCUGCGACACAGUGCUAGUGGUAGCUGUAGUUAGGUUAGCUGGGUGCUCUAACGCACUGGGAAUGUGUAGGUCUUUUGAUUAAAGGCACAGCACCCAUGGGUGUCACCAGAGUGAUAUUAAUUAUGUUGAAGCAGUUAGAAAGAAAACUCACAACAUUAACAAUAUCAUAGUGUAGGCAUUUCUUGCUAAAAUGGGUAACACACAUAGGAAUUGCUUAACUGAUAUAUAAUAGAUUACAUGAAAGGUAAUACUCUUUGGGAGUGGUUAAUAAUUAGGGGUGCUCAGUUUGUCGGACCCUUAAUGGCACAACGGCUGGAUCUUUUUAGAUGUCAGGCUAUACAUUGACACUGCCGGGUAUGGCGAUCAGUAGGUAGUUAGGGAGUAUUAUAUCCUUGGUGUCUAGGCUAGUUAUAUUCCCCGCAGAUCGCCAUGCAGCUGAGGGCAUCUAUGGAGGGCAUGCUCAAUUGUUAUGAUUAUAAUGGAAAACGUAAGGCUAUGCAAAUAGAGCGACAGACAAAAAACAGUUUGGCUAACGUUAGAAGUGGCUAAGGAGGCUUUCGGUAUAUAAACUAAGCAUCUCCCAGGGGUAUGUAGCUGCUGUGGGAGUUUAUAUACUUUGUCAUAAGUCCAUUCAGCUGAUGCCCGUGAGUGGGGGGUCAUCGACCCGGUAACGUGAGAGUCUUAGGUGCUGUAACCCUUGUUUGGGUAGCUUGCCAGGGCGUUGGGGGAGUGGGGCUGGUGGUUGCAUACACCUUUCCCCAGGGCCUGCAGGGCUAAGUCCACACGAUCGAAGGAUAGUGGAUGUAUUUCGCCCCUUGUUCUACCUUCUGUUUCUUGCGCUGUCCGGUCGCAAAGGUCUCUGCUGAUUCCCAGCAUUUCGGUGUGGUAGACUCGGGUGUACCCUCAGAGCUGCUGCAGGGGGUCGGCGCUUCAGCACGGGCGAUGAUCUCUGCCUUGCAGCUCGGGGCUCUCUUCUGUUUUGCCUGCCAGUGACAUCACUUGUAGGGGGUGCUCGUGGCGUACCAGAGGGUGAGUCGGGACUCUGUAUUUUCACCAUCUCGGGUGACCCCUGCUUCCGCGGAGGAGAGAGGGCAGCCAGGUGUCCCAGCUGGGCGGGAGAGGGUUCCGUAGUCCCUGCUUUCGCGUUAGCCAGUGUCGGCACUGGGGUCUGGCUGUUGUUCUCCACCCGCCUCCAGAACCGCCUGCAGACGGCAUCAAAUUUUGCCAUGAAGGCCUCUGCCCAGUCGUUUGCCCUCUGUCGUUCUGCAGCUGCUGCGGUGCCGUCGGCCAUCUUGGCCCGGCCUCGUGGCUCUCGGUUCAAGUUGCACCCUGGAGCGUCUCGGAGGUGAGUGUUCCCUGCGUGAAGGUGGACCGGGAUAACCCCAACCGGUCCAAGGGGGGGGAACGGAGACCCCUGUAUACUUUGUCAGCUUUGUGUGGCGUCGGGAAGGCGGCCUUAGGCUUUUGCCGAGUGGAUUUUGCAUGUCUGGUAGCUUGAUUGGUAUCAUAUUAAUCUUCUUGGUGUCUCCCCACGUUUGGAGGCUUUUCUGACAUGAUUGAUCGCUGGUUUGACUGUGAUAAACAGCUUUAUUUGUCGCUUGCUGCAGGAGCUACUGAGGCUAACAUCCUCUCAGCUCUGCGGUCAGGCCCCGCCCCAGAUGGAUUACGUUUUAAGCGUUGUUUUUUUGUUUGUUUUUUUUCGUCUGAUUUUUUUGGGGGGGGCCUCUGGUUUUUUUAUUUUAUUUUCAAAGUUCAACGGGUAUUAUGGAUUUUUAUUUGGCCUUUUUUGGAGCUGAAAAAGAAGAUUUUAGAAAAAAGACAUCAAACGUUAAAUAGUUUUUUUAAUUUUUUUAUUUACAGGGACUUCGUUUUAUUGUCCCCCUUACUAUUUUUAGGCUGGGUGGAUGACGACUAGGGUUAUGGAGACCCCUAGUCACCUGGGGGGUAUUUACACUUAGCUCCCACUCGUCGCCCAUGGGUGGUGAGGACAAUAGCCCCUCCCCCCCCCAUUUUCAUUUAGUGCCCCCACCUGCUGCUCAUGGGUGGGGGCCGGACAAUAGGUCCCCCCUUUUGUAAAGUGCUGACCUAUGUAAUUUGAAAGGGACUUGCUUCUUUUCUAGUUCUACAGAAAUAGUGUUUUACGCUUCUAUUUUUGCCUCAAGAUGCUGUAAAAGCAUUAUGAGAGGAGUAGUAGAAAUAGCACAACAGCUGGGAUGGAUCUCUAUUCGACCAAAACCGUCAACCAUCAAAUCCAUGGAAGUGAACGGAUGACCAUGUAAAUGUAGACAACACUAGGGAGAAGCACUCACCCAACAAUCUCAGCCUAACCCCCCUCAGCUCAGGAGGAACCUUAACUCUAUUGACCUCAAGCAGCUGUCAGCUGACAUUGAUUCACAACUGCUAUCCAUCCCUUCCCUCUCCUGUCCCUCACUGGCCAUCUCCACAUAUAACACUACCCUCACAUCUGCCUUGAACGCUGCAGCCCCGCUCAAACCAUGCACCUCGAGGAGGACACGACCCCAACCUUGGCAUAAUAAAUCAACACGCUAUCUGCAGAGUUGCUCCCGUUGUGCUGAACGCUCCUGGAGGAAGUCCCGUACCCAGGCAGACUUUCUCCAUUAUAGAUUCAUGUUGCUUUCAUACAGCGCAGCCCUCGCCCUUGCCAAACAGUCAUACUUUUCCUCUCUCAUUAGUUCAUGCUCCCACAAUCCCAGACGCCUCUUUGACACCUUUAAUUCCCUUCUCCGCCCUGCUGUGGCCACCCCCCAAACUAACCUUACAGCUGAUAGCUUUGCAUGCUACUUUACCGACAAGAUUGAACAGCUAAGGAAACAAUUCUCCCCUCCUUGCCGUUCUCUUUCUCAACCACAUGUAAAUCUUGCUUUCCCUACCCUCCAGACUUUCUACCUGGCUACUGAACAAGAGGUGGCUGCGCUUCUCCAUUCCUCUCGCCCCACCACUUGCCCGCUCGAUCCUGUCCCAUCUCACCUCAUCAGAUCUCUCUCCCCUUGUCUUGUGCCUACCCUAACACACAUCUUUAACUGCUCUCUCUCUUCUGGCACUGUUCCUGCUGACCUUAAACAUGCCACUGUAAUACCUAUCCUGAAAAAACCAUCUCUUGACCCAUCCUCCCCUUCUAACUAUCGUCCCAUAUCCCUGCUCCCUUUCUCAUCAAAGCUUUUGGAAAGGCUUGUCUUUACCCGUCUGUCCCACUUCCUUAAUUCCAACUCUCUUCUUGACCCUCUUCAGUCUGGCUUCCGCCCUCUCCACUCUACUGAGACUGCUCUUAUCAAAGUGACUAAUGACCUAAUCUCCGCUAAAUCCAAAGGUCACUACUCCAUAUUAAUUCUCCUUGACCUCUCUGCUGCCUUUGACACCGUUGAUCAUGCUCUCCUCCUUCAAACUCUUCAAUCGCUCGGUCUCUGUGACUCGGUCCUCUCUUGGUUUUCCUCCUAUCUCUCCCAACGCUCAUUCAGUGUCUCCUUUUCCAAGGAUACCUCCUCCACUCGUCCUGUCUCUGUUGGAGUUCCCCAAGGGUCUGUCCUUGGUCCCCUUCUAUUUUCUCUUUAUACUGCCUCUCUUGGUAAACUGAUUGCCUCUUUUGGAUUCCACUACCACCUGUACGCUGAUGACACUCAGAUAUACCUCUCCUCCCCGGACCUCUCCCCUGCUGUCCUGCAACGUGUCACUGCUUGCCUUUCUUCCAUCUCUGACUGGAUGUCUUCACGCUUUCUGAAACUUAACCUCUCUAAAACUGAACUCCUUGUCUUUCCUCCUCCUAAUACUGAUCCUCCUCUCUCGCUCUCCCUUCAAGUCAGUGAUAUCCACAUAAGUCCAUCCCUGCAAGCACGCUGUCUUGGCGUCAUACUUGACUCUGGUCUCACCUUUGAGUCUCACAUCCAGUUUGUUGCCAAGUCCUGUAGGUUCCAACUCAAAAACAUAGCCCGCAUUCGCCCCUUUCUUACGCAAGAUGCUACCAAGGAGCUUGUCCAUGCUCUAGUAAUUUCCCGCAUGGAUUACUGUAACCCUCUCCUGACUGGUCUCCCCAAAAGCCGUAUUGCCCCGCUACAGUCUGUAAUGAAUGCUGCAGCUAGACUGAUUUUCCUCUCUAGUCGGUCCUCUCACACCUCACCCCUCUGCCGGUCCUUACAUUGGCUCCCUGUAUGCUAUAGGAGUCAAUUCAAAGUGCUAACCCAUACAUUUAAAGCACUGAACAGUUCUAGCCCCGCUUAUAUCUCUUCACUGAUCCAUAAAUAUGCCCCUCCACGUACCCUCCGCUCUGCCCGUGACCACCUCCUGACCGCUGCUCGCACCCGUACGGCCAACUCGCGCUUGCAGGACCUCUCGCGGGCGGCUCCUCUCCUAUGGAAUAGCUUGCCUACUGCCAUCAGACUCUCCCCUAGUCUUCAAUCAUUUAAGAAGGGCCUUAAAACCCAUCUCUUCAGGAAAGCUUAUGGCCUCCCAGAGUAAUCUCUACCUUACAUACCUGUCUCCUGCUCUCUCCUAUGGGACAGUGCUUUGCUCUCUCCUCUAGCUCUGCUUCACUACUACUUGAUAUUUAUUGUCCUAAUGUUUCAAAUACCCCACCUCCAAUAGUCUGUAAGCUCGUUUGAGCAGGGUCCUCUUCAACCUAUUGUUCCUGUAAGUUUUCUUGUAAUUGUCCUAUUUAUUGUUACACCCCCCCUCUCGAAAUAUUGUAAAGCGCUACGGAAUCCGUUGGCGCUAUAUAAAUGGCAAUAAUAAUAAUAAUAAUGUCUGCCAUCUGUAUGGAGUAGCAUAGCGAUGGGCAUCCCCACAUUUAGUUUGUUGCCAUCAAACGGUUUUGUUCUUAUACCCUUUACGCAAUACAUCCAGAACUGCACCGGAGAACAGGUAAGUGGGACCCUCACUCGAGUAUAAGCCGAAGGGGGCUUUUUCAGCAUAAAAAAUGUGCUGAAAAAGUCGGCUUAUACUUGAGUAUAUAUGGUAUGUGCGUGUGGUGGAUGCAGUGAGUAUUUGAUUAAUGUGUAUGUGUGUAAUGGAUGCAGUGUGUGUGUAUAGUGAAUGCAGUGUGUUUGUGUACUGUGUGUAUAUAAUGAAUGCAGAGUGUGUGUUUGUGCAUUCAGUGUUUGUGUAUGUAUGUUAAGUGUGUAAAAUGGUGGGGCGGGGGCAUUUUUAUUUUACUUUUUUUUUUAAAUAUAUAAAACAAUUUUAAAUUGGGUUUUAGUCCCCCUUCCCUGCUUCUUUCCUGGCCAGGGAGGGGGGGAUAUGGCAUUCCCUGGUGGUCCGGUGGCAUUGACUGUUACUUACCUUUCCAGCAGCUCCCUUCAACUCCUCUUGCAGCCUGUGUGCCGCGCGGAGCGUUGGCAUGGUAACUGCGGGACCCGCAAGAGUUAGACAGGAUGGUAGCGGAACCCGCAAGAAUUAGAUAGGGGAGCUGCUAGGAAGGCAAGUAUGUGCUGCAGGCCCCUCAGGAACCUGAUGGCGGCCCUGGUCUGCAUUAUCAGCAAUGUUGAAAAUACAGAAUAUCGGUCGAUCCCUAGUUUGUACUGUAUAUCUUGCAAACCUUAUGUGUGCUACGGCUUUAUAAUACUUCAAAUGCUGCUCAUCUAUGUUGUCUGAGUACAGCAAUAUCCCAGUAUGUACCUUUGCGAGGUAUAUGUGGACAUUGAAGGGGCACAUUUGAAACACAGCCAUUCAGUUUUGUUUUUUUUGUAACUUGGAAUUAUUACACUGUUCAUGUCCCAUUUUGGAGUAUUUUAGCAGGCUACAUAUUCCAACUACCCCAUAAAGGCAUACAAUUUCUUAAAGAAGACAUAUCAGGGUAAUUCAAAAGGCAUAUUUUGCACCUUAGCCUGAAAUCAUUUUUCUGCUAGCUUGUUCGAAGUGUAGUGGUAAUAAGUAUUUUUUUUCUGCCUUUUUGACACAGUGAGUUUGUACUGUAUAGUUUGCAAACCUUGUGUAUACAGCAGUUGACAGCUAAACUCUAUAAUACUUCCUAUCUUGCUCAGCUAUGUCGUCUGAGCACAGCAAUACCCCAACAUGUACCUUUUCCAGGUAUUUGUGGACGUUGAAGGGGCACAUUUGAGACAAAGCCAUUUAAGUUUUUUCAAACUUUCCAUUUUUACACUGUAUCCAUACCCCACUUUGUUUUUUUAGUAGGUUGGUUAUUCCAUCUACCCCACAAAUGCAUACCAUUUCUUAAAGAAGACACCCGAGGGUAUUUCAAAAGACAUAUUUUGAACCUUAGCGUGAAAUCAAUUUUCCGCUAGCUUGUGUGGUGGUAAUAAGCAUUUUCCUCUGCCUUUUUGACACACACAGUGAGUUUGUAAUGUAUAUUUUACAAACCUUAUGUUUGCUGUGGCAGUAUAAUACUUCAUAUGUUGCUCAGCUUUGUCAUCUGAGUACAGCAAUAUUCCUGUGUACCUUUACCAGGUAAAUGACGACGUUAAAGGGGCAAAUUUGAGACACAGCCAUUUGUUUGAUUUUUUUCGCUGGGUCCAUGCCCCACUUGGGAAUUUUUUUUAGCAGGUUGUUUUUUCCAAUUACUUCACAAAGGCAUACCAUUUCCUAAAGAAGACACCACAGGGUGUUUCAAAAGGCAUAUUUUGAACCUUAGCGUGGGAGCAUUUUUUUGCUAGCCUGUACAAAGUGUAGCGGUAAUACGCAUUUUCUAACUUUAACAACUUUUUUUUAAUUUUUUUUUUACUAUUUUAAAACUUUGUUAAACCGCAGGGGUUAAGAAAAAAAAUAAAUCUGAUUUUUAAAUAUAUUUAUUUCUAAUAUUUAAAGGCGCAAACAUAUUCCACAGUGCUGUACAACUGGAUUACAGUGAAAUACUGUGAUCUGUAUUUUGAUCACUGCAGACACUGAUCAAAGGGCAGGGAAGGGGUUACAUUUUAUUGGGAAGGGGGAGAGGGGGUGGGAUUUCCUCACUAACACUUUUUUUUUUUUUUUUUUCAAACGGAGCUGCAGGGAGACAGAUCAGGUUUCACUUCAGCACGUGUGAUCGCUCUGACUCCCGGUCAGAGCGAACACAUGGGCUGAAUCAGUGAGACUGCUUGCUGUUGUGUGCCUAAGACACGGAGGAACACUGCAGGAACACUAGCCCCACGAUUGCUGCGAUUGUGGCAAUCUGGGGUUAAUUUUAGUAUUGGACGGAAAUUUUCCAUCCUGCGUCCUUGAGGGGUUCAUGGUUUAAUCUGCAUUUCCAACAUAUAAUAGAUAAAGCUGUAUUCCUUCACUUAAAAUAACACACCAAGCACCAUAACUACUGCAGUCUGCUGUAAUGGUUAUGGUGCGAGAAGUGCCAUUAUGCCCACCCAGUGUAAUUUGUUAUGGUGCUUGAUGUGUUCCUUUACAAAUGUUAUCUCCUAGCAUUUAUAUACAUUCUGUUUCUCUUACUUGUACUGUACGCAUCCACAACUGUUGCCACUUUGUUUGUCUGUCCCCAGGUGGAGUCUCUUCUCACACUACCCAUUUCCCUUGCUUGUAUGGACGUCUGCCGUGGUUAUACUUGCUUUCGUCAGGGUAGUCGGUAUUCACAUACUUUACCAGUUUUUCGACUCAUGGAAUACAAGGUUUGGGGACUUACAGCUAUGAUGACAGACUCUGCACUCUCACUGCUAUUUCCAAACACAUACAACAGCAUUCUACAAGGUUCUCGGACAGUUUGAAAGAUAUUUUGGUUUAUAUUUAAAUACAGGACCUUGAACCAGAGUUUGGUGUAUUUAUUUAAAUAUUUUAAAUGUAUUCAUGAACUCCAUCAGUCUGCUACCAUGAAAGUUCAAGUUUAUUAACUCAUAAACGGCAAAUGGAAUCCCCUCCAGGCAUAUGAUGGGAUUUAUAAUAGGAGUCUUUGCCAACACUCAUUCUUCAUGUUAGCUGCUGGCCUUCUGUCUGUUAGCUGUGUUAAAUUGUUUAAUGCGUUCCUCCAAUUCUGGACGGAGAUGGCGAAUCAAACCCUAAGAAACAAUAUCAAAUUACAUUAAUAUGUUGUGGAGAAGAAGCUAUACAGCAGUUGACAGCUAAACCAG